AUUUUCUUAAUCUAAUCUUAUGACAAACUUUACACUUCAACAAGAUGAAAAAGAAAAACUUUUUCAAUUAGCAUUAAUAGCUAGAGAAACUUCAUAUUCCCCAUAUUCAAAAUUUAGGGUGGGUGCUGCCUUAUUGUCUGAAGAUGGCACAUUUUUCAAAGGAUGCAAUGUCGAGAAUGCUUCUUUUGGAGCUGCAAUCUGCGCUGAAAGGACUGCUUAUGUUAAAGCUGUAAGUGAAGGUCAUCAAAAGUUUAAAGCCUUAGCCGUAUCGACUGAUCAAGUUGAAUUUGUAUCACCAUGUGGUAUUUGCAGACAAUUCAUUGCGGAAUUUUCAUCACCAAAUAUGCCUGUAUUUUUCUUGAAUAACAAAGGUGAACAUAAAGAAUACACAUUUGGCCAACUAUUGCCAUUUGCAUUUACCUCUGAUGAUAUGUAGAAAAUGUCUAUUUCAUCAUACCAGCAAAGACGAAGCUUGCUAAUAAACUUAUUAAAAUAUCUUUUCUCUGUCCUGUUCUUAAUGAUUUUCCUGCUAACACUUUCUAUGUGUAUAUAUAAAUAUAUUAUUUAUAAUAACAUCAACAAUACACCCUACCCUAACA